GUCAUAACAAAAAAUACAUUAUAUUAUGGUCGGCACAAUCUCAUAAUCUCAAAGUUACUACACAACCUUCAAUCACAAAUCAUAACAUUCUCCUUCUAAUUGUAUCAAUAACAACAUUUCAUAUAUAAACCCCCCACACACUUUCCAAAACCACAGCACAAAAAAGCGCUUCCUCUUCUUCUCUUCCCAAAGAAGCAGAAGAAGAAAAAUUAAACCAAAAAAUGGCCAAAGAAAGAGAGAAAAAGCUCUUCACAACGCUUUUCGGAAGUUACGCCGCAGAACUUAAGCUUCUAAUAACAACACUUCUUCUUCUAUGUACCGUAGCUACUUUCCUUCAAUUUAUUCCUUCUCGUUUCACUAUUUCAGCUUCCGAUCUUCGCUUUUGUAUUUCUAGAGUCACCCAAACAGCCCCUAACAACACAAACACAAACAUAACCGUAACGGAAAAACUUAACUCCGUUACUUCAUCCUUAUCUUCCUCUCUUCCAAAUCUCUCUCCACCGCCUCCACCGUCUCCACCGUUAGUUCCAACCGAACGUGUAACAGAAAACGGAAUAAUCAAACGCGUUUUUAACCCUUAUGGUUCUGCAGCUUAUAACUUCAUCACCAUGGGAGCUUAUAGAGGUGGCUUAAACACUUUCGCCAUUAUUGGUAUAGCUUCAAAACCACUUCAUCUUUACAGUAAACCGACUUACGAAUGUGAAUGGAUCUCCGGCGAAGUUCGCGGUGCCGGACAACCAAUCACCACCGUAGGUUACAAGAUCCUCCCUGACUGGGGCUACGGCCGUGUUUACACAGUCGUAAUCGUAAACUGUACUUUCCCGGAGCCACUCAACGCCGACAACUCCGGCGGGAAGUUGAUUCUCCACGCUUCAACUUCCGGUGGAGGUGACACAAGCUUAAACAUCACAGACAAAAUCGAAGUUCUCACAGAACAAAAUGGAACGGUAGAUUUUUCGAUUUUUACUUCGAAACCUAAAUAUGAAUAUUUCUAUUGUGGUUCAUCUUUGUAUGGGAAUUUGAAUCCACAAAGAGUUCGUGAAUGGAUAGCUUAUCAUGUGAAAUUUUUCGGUCCGAAUUCACAUUUUGUUAUACAUGAUGCUGGUGGUGUUCAUGAAGAAGUUUAUGAGGUUUUGAAACCAUGGAUUGAACUUGGUUAUGUUACAUUGCAAGAUAUUAGAGAUCAAGAAAGAUUUGAUGGGUAUUAUCAUAAUCAAUUUAUGGUUGUUAAUGAUUGUUUACAUAGAUAUAAGUUUAUGGCUAAGUGGAUGUUCUUUUUUGAUGUGGAUGAAUAUAUCUAUGUUCCUCCAAAAAGUACUAUUAAAUCGGUUCUUGAUUCGUUAUCGGAGUACAAUCAAUUUACAAUUGAACAAAUGCCAAUGAAUAACAAGCUUUGUCUCACUGCUGAUUAUGGAAAAACUUAUAGGAAAUGGGGAAUUGAGAAAUUGGUGUAUAAAGAUGUUAAGAAAGGAAUUAGAAGGGACAGAAAAUAUGCAGUGCAACCACGUAGCUUAUUUGCAACUGGUGUUCACAUGUCACAGAAUUUAGAUGGAAAAACAACUCACAAAACAGAAGGAAGGAUAAAGUAUUUUCAUUAUCAUGGAACUAUAGCUCAAAGAAGAGAAUCAUGUAAAAUGUUUAUAAAUUCAACAGAAACUACAUAUGACAAAACACCUUAUGAGUUGGAUACAACUAUGAGGGACAUUGCUGGUGUGAUCAAGAAAUUUGAGCUCAAGAUGAUUGGAAACAGAGUACAGAAGACAAGGCUAUGAGCCUAUGACAGCUUCAAAUCUUUUAUUCUUUUUUAUAAACUAUAUAAAUAUUAUAAUGUUUUAACUUUUGUGGUAGAAUAGAAAUUUAUUGAGCGGUUCUUUUUUAUAUAUAUAUUUUUUAUUUUGUGCUGUAUA